UUGUUUUUAUAAAAACCAACCAAGCUGGCAGCACAGCUUCGGUCGAAUUAAUAGAAAACAAAGACCACUGUGUGGCCGAUCUGGCAACUCCAACCUAUAGAUAAGGCCGCACGGCCAGUCAUCUUAAAAUUUCGGCUUAACGUGCAUUAAAACAUUUAUUAAAUUUAGACAACACGCCAGCGACGGUUACCGAAAUGACAACGCCCACGCGUGCCACCCUCGAGAAGGCUCUGAAGAGCGACGAGAAACUCCUAAAGGGUUCCAUCCAGAUAGCCAAGGACCUGACGGCCAAGGUGUACGACAUAUCGGUGCUGGUCGAGGAACUGGGCUUCGCCCUGUCCUCGCCGGACAUGGAACAGCGGGUGGCAGGCACAAAUAUGCUCUCCGCUGUGCUUGUCGCCCUCCCGGAGGACCUGCUCGAGGCGCGGCAGCUGGAGUUUCUCAGCACCUUCUAUAUGGACCGGCUGCGCGAUCACCACAACGUGAUGCCGGCCAUUAUCGACGGUAUUGAUGCUUUGGUUCACAUGAAGGCUCUGCCGCCUUCUUAUGUUCCCCUGAUUCUACAGGCAUUUUUCGAGCACACCACCUGCCAGUCGCAGACGCGUGGCGACCGCUCCAAGCUGUUUAAUAUUUUCAAGUACCUGACGCUUAACUUCAAAACGGAACUGUUGUCGAUGACCGGUGACUUUGUCUAUGGCCUAAUCAACUCCAUUGACGGUGAGCGAGACCCUCGGAACCUGGACAUCAUAUUCAGCUUCAUGCCGGAGUUCCUCUCCACGUAUCCAUUGCUGCAUUUGGCCGAGGAGAUGUUUGAGAUCUUCGCCUGCUACUUUCCCAUCGACUUCAACCCCAGCAAACAGGAUCCGUCAGCUUUAACGCGAGAUGAAUUGGCUACUAAGCUGACCAAUUGCCUGGUGGCGAACAAUGAGUUCGCCGAGGCAACGGUGGUGCUGGCUGUGGAGAAGUUGGAGAGCGAACUGCUGGUGGCCAAACUGGACUCCAUAAUGUUGCUGCACCAAGCUGCUGUGAAAUUUCCCCCAUCCGUUUUGGAGCCGCACUUCGACCAGAUCUGGCAGGCGUUGAAAGCGGAGACUUUUCCCGGCAACGACAACGAGGAGAUCCUGAAGGCAUCUCUGAAAGCGUUGUCCGCACUUCUAGAGCGCGCUUCUCAUUUGCCCGAUAUCAGCCACAGCUAUCAAAGUUCCAUCCUGGGUGUGAUUUUGCCCCAUCUGAGCGACGUCAAUCAGCGCCUUUUCCAUCCUGCCACCGGUAUAGCCUUGGUUUGUGUCGCUGGGGAUGCACCAUAUGCAGCGGAUAAGAUUCUCAAUAGCUUUCUGCUUAAGCUGCAACAGGCCGGAGAUGUGACCUCCGAGCAGCGGGUCAAGAUUUAUGGCAUAAUUAGCCAGGUCUAUAAGCUAUGUGGACUGAGGGACUCGCUACAGAAGUUGGAUGUUACUAUUCGUGAAGCUCUGCAGGACGAUGUGAUUGCUUCGUUGCGGCUGAUUGAAAGGGAGGAUUUCGAUGCAAAGUUGGAAAAUCUGGAGCUUCAAAAGGCAGCGAUUUCAGUGCUCAACGAGAGCGCCCCGAUUCUCAGCGAGCAGCAGCGCGCCUUGGUUUACAAAGUCCUGGUUCAGCUGGUCAGUCAUCCGUCCAUCGAUCUGGAUUUUACCAUACUCACAGCCAGCUUGGGUGCUCUGCAGCCCGUGGAAUUGCAGUCAAACUUCAUCGACGUCUCCGUGCGCAACUUCGAGAUUUUCUCCAAUUUUGUCAAGCGGAAGAUUUACACCAACUUGUUGCCUCUCUUACCUCAAAUGGCAUUUACUCAGCGCAUUUUGGAUCUGAUUAUGACGCAGUCGUUUAAGGAGGCAACGUCGGAUCCAGUGCGUCUCCUAGCCCUGGAAGCGCUUAACCAAGUUCUUACCCAGGAGGACCAGCGCUUUAUCGUGGAUCUGCAGCAGGAAUCAAAUUUGCUACACAAGCUCAUAGAACUGGGCCAGAACACCGAGAACCUGUCUCUUCAGUCACUUGAGCAAAUUGCAGGCGCCCUAAGUCGCAUUACCCAACAACUGCCCCUCUCCGAACAGAGCGCCAUCGUUAGCGAGUACUUACCGGGACUGAAGCUGAACCUAUCCGCUGAUCUGUACAUUACCAAGGGCCUUCUCGGUUAUCUUCACAAGGACAUCAGCCUAGAUGAUCACUUUGAACGGCUGCUGAGCGAUCUGACACAGCUCUCGCUCAACACUGAUAAUGAGCAGCUGCGCGUGAUCGCUCACCAUUUGCUAUGCAGCUUAGUCAAUAAAAUGGAGAGCAAUCCGGCCAAUAGGGGCAAGGUCAAAAAGAUCACGGACGAGCUAAAGGUGGCCAUUAAAAAAGGUGAUGUGCGCGCGGUGGAGAUUCUGGCGUGGGUGGCAAAGGGACUAGUGGUGGCUGGAUUCGAUGAAGCGGCCGACAUUGUGGGUGAUCUAUCAGAUUUGUUGAAGCAUCCCAGCUUAAGCACGGCGGCCGCCUUGGGAUUUGACAUUAUUGCUGCCGAGUAUCCAGAACUGGAUCUGCCCGUGGUCAAGUUCCUAUACAAGCAGAAGCUCUUCCACACCAUCAUGGGCAAGAUGGGCAGCAAGCUGGCGAACUACUGUGUCCACCACCUGAAGGCCUUCGUUUAUGUGCUGAAGGCCACGCCGCAGGCGGUAAUUAAGCUGAAUAUCGAGCAACUGGGCCCGUUGCUCUUUAAAAGUCUAGAGGAGCACAACGAGGCGCAGUCGCUUUGCAUUGCCCUUGGCAUUUGCGAGAGGUUUGUGCAGAAUCAGGACCCGUACUUCCAGGGGCACUUGGCCCAUCUCAUACCCAGCUGUUUGGAGCUGUCCAAGUACAAGGCGCAACACACAAUGCAAGUUCGCAUUGCGGCGCUGGAGUUGCUCUACGACAUUACCAAAUACCCCACCUUCGUACUGCUGCCCCACAAAGUGGAUGUAACACUGGCCCUGGCCGCCGCCUUGGAUGAUCCCAAGCGUCUGGUGCGAAAUACGGCGGUGAAGGCCAGGAAUGCAUGGUACAUGGUCGGGGCAGCUAGCGGGAAUUAGUCACUGAACAAACAAAUUUUUGUUAUUAUUUUAAAGUCGAUAAGCGAACGCGCAAAUUCAAGGGUCUACCAAAAUAAACCUUUGAAUAAUCUUUAAUAUUUUGUAACUCAUUACUUAACCAUAUAUUCCUGAUAUAUGAAGCACAA